CAACAGAAACAUUUAGUGCUGAUAAGUAUCCUAUAUUAUCAGUUAUAUACCUUAUAAUUGAAUUCUUGAAGUUCAAAUUCGUAGCAGAUUCAAAUUUGUCUUUAACUAAUGAUAAUCUUAAUGAAGAAAAUGUAGAUGCUACUCAGGUGUCUUGA